GCGCAAUAUACGUCUCGUUGUUUUUCUCAUCGCUUCUUUCUGUCGUGAUCUCUAGUUUGAGUUCGAUGUUUUCGUUUAAUCUGGAGGACCAAUCAGAAAACAAUGCGCGUUGCGCGCGAGGCGAAGCAGCUCUUUCGAUUGGCUGAGGUGUUUUUUUUCCAAAGGGGCGUAUUUUUCAACCCAUCUCGACUGAAUAUUUAGCCUCAUCCAAGGAACAUUAAUUUGAUAUCUUCAGAAUUUUGCAACCCUCUAUUUGGGAACCGACAUCGUUUGACAGGUUGAAACCACAACUAUGAAACCAAGUCGAGUGUGUUUGUUGGGCCGAAGUCACAGCGGAGAUCUGAAGUGCUGAAGAUGAUGCUGUCGCUCCUGAAAUUACCGGCGAGCUAAGCUAACGGCUAGCAUGUCCGCCUUGGUUGUAGUCUGUCACUAGCUGACAUUUAGUUGGUGCAGUUAUUCUGUUUGGCACUCGCCCUGCAGAGGACGACUUCACAAGGUAAACCACUCCGACGCGUUCUGCAUUUUCAGCGUUGCUGAGGAAACCUGCCGUUUUGUGAACGUUACACGACUUCUGUGUGUCCGGUCCGACCGAGUAUCGUUAUCAACAUCAACGAGACAAUCUUUUCGCAGGGGUCUGGAGUACAAAGCUGUCGACGAAACGUUGCACAUUGGCGGUGUCGUGAUCUCAUAUAUGCAUGCAAGUAAUUUAUGCAUUUAGGCACGGCGCAAACAGUGCGUCUGCUCUCUGGUUGCUCUUGGCAUGUAUAAUUGGGCUACUAAUCAACUUGCAAUCCAAAUGUUGUCUCUGCUCUUGUGCGCUUAAAAUGGCUGACAGAUGUUAGAUACUCGGGUUGGUAUUUAGCGCUCGUCAACCUAACUAUGCACAGCAACAGGGGAAAAAACAGAGGAUACUGGCAUUUGAUUGGUCCGAGGGAAACUUGGGGCUGGUAUAGACUCCUGAUUGGACCAAUAAAGAGACAGCAUGGAGUACAACUUACUGUCGUUGUGAUCGUGCAGCAGGAGUACUUGAGGUAACCUGCUGUGUUUGUAUUACAACAGCACCAGAGUUGACCCCUUUUCCCAGUAACUGCUGUGUCUAGAAUCGAAAAGGAAACGCCACAAAUCUUACAAAAAAAUGCUAAAUAAGAGUGCACUCUUUAUGUUGGCCGCAGUUGAGGAGCAGGGUGACACAACAUUCAUAAAGAUAUAAUAUAAAAUAAGCUCUGAGGGCAGAAUAUUAUAUAGUUUUGAAACCAAAUUAUGAACUAUUCAUGUUUAAAGGCAAUAUUAUAUAAUUAAUUGCUUAUAACAUUACAACUGUUAAUAUUUAGGUUAUUUAUAAUGAGAGAAUAUGUUUUGAACAGCAUGUCGUGAUAAUAGGGAGGGUUGCCCAAAUGUAUACAGUAACACUAACACAUUUAGAGCCACAGUCCCACAGUGGGAUAUCUAGGAUGACUGAUACACUACACUUUAAGGUGAUCAAUCAGAUAGUGGGUAAAUGGUGAUAUCCUUAAUGUUUUGUUAUGGCAUUACAUAGGUUUUAAAUAGCCAACAUUGUAGAUUAAUGUUGUUUUAUAAUUCAACAUGUACUGAAUGGUUUCACUCGUGGUGUGAUAAUAACCUGAUAUCAAAACAGUUAUUUCCCAGUAAAAUCUGGUUUCGGAUUUGAUUUACUUUAGACAAUGGUUACAUGGUAUAUAUUACAACAGCGCCUGUAGUUCUUAAUAGAUUAUUCUGCAAAAUUGACACACAUUGCGUGGAAUAAUUUUCUUCCCUUUGUAUCUGUUAGGGAGCUGGUUUAAACUCCCAUGCGGAAGGUGAGGAGGUGGGAAUGUGAGACAGUUGCUCGUGGACUCAAAAUGGGUAGGGGCCGAGGCCGAGGGAGAGGCAGGGGCAGGGGAUCAUCUGGCCAGUUGCGGCCCCCUUCGCCCUACAGACUGCAGCUCUCUCCAUCCAGGGAGACUUUGACGUAUGCUCAGGCACAGAAAAUAGUGGAAGUGGACCUAGAGGGAAGGCUUCAUCGGAUUAACAUCACGGAUGCUCUGCCAGUUAUUACCGAGGACGAGAUGAUGGCCCAGGACAUUGCUGAGUGCAACAGCAACAAGGAGAACAGUGAACAAACGCAGACUAAAACUAGAUCGUGGAGGAAACCCACAAACAGUAAAAGCAGGAAGACUAGUAAAAAUACGUCUCACCAGAACCAACGGUCCGGCUCCCAGCAGCACACUGGGCCUACUAAUUCUCUCCAGCAACCGUCCCACCAAAUCCCUUUGCCUGAGCCCAUCUUCCGUGUGCUGAGUUCAGUUUGCCCCUCAGAGGCGCCUCCUCUCCCGAAAGCCUACUAUCGUUUCAUAGAAAAGUCAAUGGAGGAACAGGACAGUGUGGCAGAGUAUGACAUGGACGAGGAGGACCUGGCUUGGCUGGAGAUGGUGAACCAAAAGAGGGUGUGUGACGGCUACGCCUCCGUGUCUGCAGACACCUUUGAGCUGCUGAUCGACCGCCUGGAGAGGGAAUCCAUCUUGGAGUCCCGCAGCCAGGCUCUGUCCCAGAGUGCCGUGGACGAGGAUGCUUUCUGCUGUGUCUGUCUGGAUGACGAAUGUUUGAACAGUAAUGUCAUCCUGUUCUGUGACAUCUGCAAUCUGGCCGUCCACCAGGAGUGUUACGGUGUGCCCUACGUACCUGAGGGCCAGUGGCUGUGCCGCUGCUGCCUGCAGUCCCCCUCCCGCCCUGUAGACUGUGUGCUCUGUCCCAACCGAGGAGGUGCCUUCAAACAGACAAGUGAUGGACGUUGGGCCCACGUUGUCUGUGCCAUAUGGAUUCCAGAGGUGUGUUUUGCCAACACAGUGUUUUUGGAGCCUGUUGACGGGGUCAAGAACAUCCCUCCUGCUCGCUGGAAACUCACCUGCUACCUGUGUAAGCAGAAAGGCAGAGGAGCAUCCAUUCAGUGCCACAAAGCCAACUGCUACAGGGCCUUUCAUGUCACCUGCGCCCAGAAGGCUGGCCUGUUCAUGAAGAUAGACCCAGUCCGGGAGACGGGUGUCAACGGUACCACCUUCUCUGUGAAAAAGACUGCUUUCUGUGAGCAUCAUUCUCCAGUGGGGUCUCGGCGGGACGAGUCAGUUGAAGGGAGACUGGUGGGGGGCCGGGGUAACCGGGGUCAAAGGUCCUACACUCAAAGCCCCCCACCACCACCACCAAACAAGAAGGCCACCAAGGGCCAGAAGAAGAAGAAUACGAAGGGGUCUGGCCGGUCGACACGCCGCUCAACUGUGCCUGUGCUGCUCGUGCCUCAGAUUCCCUCACACAGGCUGAACAAGAUCUGCACCGGAGUUGAAGUCCAGAGAAAGAAUCAGUUCAUGCAGAGGCUUCAUAACUACUGGUUACUGAAACGUCAGUCACGAAAUGGGAUGCCUUUAAUACGCCGACUUCAUUCCCAUCUACAGGCCCAAAAGACUUCAGAGCAGAGGGAACCUGAUGAGAAGCUGAGCGCUGCAAGAGAGGAGCUACGAUACUGGCAAAAGUUGAGGCAAGACCUGGAAAGAGCCAGGCUGUUGGUGGAACUCAUCCGCAAGAGAGAGCGGCUAAAGAGAGAACAGAUGAAAAUUCAGCAGGCUACUCUCGAGUUAAAGUUGACCCCUGCGUUGGUUCUUCUGCGAUCCACCUUGGAACAACUGCAGGAGAAGGACACAUCUAAAAUCUUCUCUCAGCCGGUCAAUCUGUCAGAGGUCCCAGAUUACCUGGAGUUUAUUUCCCAACCCAUGGACUUCUCCACCAUGUGUACCAAACUGGAGGGACAUGCCUAUUGCUCCAUCACGGACCUGGAGAAGGACUUUAACCUCAUGAUCUCCAACUGCCUCAAGUACAACUCCAAGGACACCAUGUUUCACAAGACAGCCUUACAACUGCGGGAGGUGGGUGGAGCUGUUCUCCGUCACGCCCACAGGCAGUCUCAGAGCAUCGGCCUGGACCCCAGCACUGGGAUGCAUCUCCCAGAGUCUCCGAACAGGCAUGGCUUCUACAACUGUACAUGGGACGACGUUGACUCUCUGCUGGACCCGGAGAACAGACUGCACUUAACCACAGAUGAACAGCUGAAGGCCUUACUGGACAAACUGGACAUGGUUGCAUCCAUGCGCACCAGUGGUGGUCGAACCAAGCGCAUCAGGUUGCUGCGCCGAGAGAUCAACUCUCUCAAACAGAAGAUGAACCAGCAGCAGCAAAACUCGCAGUCUGUGAACGGCAAUGACGAAGACGGCGAAGGAAAAGAGCAGGAAGAAAAGAAGCAGAAGAAAAAGAAAAAAAAGACAAAUGGGACUUUGACAGCCAUGUCAAACCCUGGGACAGAUGACGCUCCGCCUGUGCUGGAGCUCACCUGCCCGGUAUCGUCCCCGCUGCCAGGAGACGCUCCUCUCGAACCUCCUGUCCUGGGCAUCGUACCUGGGGGGCGACGGUCUCCUGGACGCUCCUACAAGCGGCAGAGGUCACAGCAGGAGGCAGCUCAUGAGGUUACUCCGCUGGAGACACCCCCGACUCCGGUUGGAGUUGGUCGUCGCACGUCUGUUCUGUUUAAAAAAGCAAAGAAUGGGGCGCGAGUGGUCAAAAACAAGUCUCCACCACGACAGAAUGGUAACACGUCUGAGGGUCAAACUAACGGGCUGGCCAGCACACCUGCCAGCCCAAAGUCACCCAGUGCGACCAACAUCACCACCUUACCUCCCACUCCAAACGCCUCCCCUGCACCUCCCUCUCCGUCCUCUCACCACCUGAGGUCCAGAGGCCUCGGCUCAGAAAGUGAAGCAGACAAACUCCCUCCACCCCCCAGAGAAGGAGGCCUGACGAAUGGAAAGCACACCUCUGCAGACCACAAUGACAACGACCAAAAACUAAACUGCAGUGUCUCGCCACCCAAAAGAAGUCGUGGUAAACCUGCGUUGGCGAAGGUUCCUGACAGUGAGCACGGAGGCCUCUGUGGGUCUGAUAGUGAGGCUGAGCUCGGACCUCUGGACCUAGUUUGGGCCAAAUGCAGAGGAUACCCAUCGUACCCAGCAAUGAUUGUUGAUCCAGAUAUGCCCCAGGAAGGGCUCCUUCACAACGGCAUCCCCAUUCCAGUGCCUCCCGUGGAUGUGCUCAAACUGGGCGAAUGGAGGGAAACGGAAGAAGGGGAAAAGCUCUUCUUGGUGCUUUUCUUUGACACCAAAAGAACGUGGCAAUGGCUCCCUCGCAACAAAUUACUGCCGAUGGGGCUGGACGACACGGUGGACAAGCUGCGCUUAAUGGAAGGCAAGAAACCCAGCGUUCGCAAGUCCGUACACACUGCAUACGACCGGGCCAUGGUGCAUUUGAAUCAUGUCAGAGGAAAUCUAAACUUCACGCCCUCCAAUUUUAUAUAAGAGUUUAGUUUUAAGAUUUUAUCAACUUUAAACAGGCUGUGUGGUUAUAUGUUUAGAAGCUUCAUCAUUAUAAAGAUGGGAAAGUAAAACAAAGGGUUAACGGUCAAUGGUAUAAUAGAGUUUUCUGUCAUACAACAGUUAAUCUGAUUUAUAACAAGGAGAAAAAAGUGCUUGAAGAAUUUUUCUGGAUACAUUUGUUCAUUUAUUCAUGUGAUUUUUGUAAAAGAUUUUACACAACCACUAUUGCUAUGUGUGGAUAGAAAGUUUUUAUUUUAGGCCAAAGUGAGUCAAGACUUGGGUGAGAGAAGUGUAAAUAUUAAAUCUUCAAAGGGAACGUCUUGAUUGAAAACAUAUUUAAAUUGUAUUUGCCAUUGAAAUGUGUUUAAUGAAGUUUGAAAGUCCCACAUAAUGUCCACGUCCUAUCUGGGCUCCACAGAAAAUUGGCUAUCCAAGAAGAGUUACAUUUUUGCCAUCAAAAAAUAACUCAUAUAAUAUAUAGUUUAUAACUUUAACUUUAAUAUAUGUAAAAGUGCACCACACUUGACUAUUCCUUCAGAUUCUACCAUUGAUUUUAAACUGAGCAUUAUCUAAAAUAACCACAACAUUCUAACCUCGUUUGACUUCGAGAAGAUGUGAUGAGUGUGCACAUUUUAUUCAACAAUUCUGAGAAUUGUUAAGUUGAUCCAAGAUAUUUGUCAAAAGAACAAUUUUAAAUGAAAAUAAAUACUGAUACCGGAUGCCAAAGCAAACAUUUAAGUUUUAGUCCAGACAUGACGCGUCAUAGGUGGGACUUUAGAGGUCUUUACUUAUUUUUCCAUAUUGUGAAACUGUGUUAUGAUACUUGAAUGUUGGAGUACCUGGUGCAUCUACUUGGUUAGUGAGGUGUGAAGCCACUACACAGAUGAAGCUGAUUAUUAUGUGGUUAUGACAAAUUCUACUGCAACGACUCACUGAAGAACUGGCUGGAAUGACUUGAAAAGCACAAAGAGUUUAAAAAAAGACUUUUAAGAUUGGUGACUCCUGGAGCCAUAUAUGUGGCAAAAGUGUGUAUGUGUGUGUGUGUACAGUAUAUACAUAUAUGAAUACAACCUCAGUGUAGUAAAGGUGCAUGUGUAUAGUUUUGUAAAUAUGUAAAUGUAUGUUUAUAUUGGCUUACAUGAAGUAAUUUAAGGAAUGCAAAAAUCAAAUUUAGAUUUUAAUUUAUAAUUUGUGGCAGUCGAGAGUGUUAUUUAAAAAGUAAAAUAUUGAAAAGAUUUAUGUAUGACGCUAAGUAGACCUUUGUAACGGUGAUGGCAUUCACCAACAUGUCCGAAUAUAUUCUCUAAAAGUGAGGCGGCACAAGACCUGAGCUCCGUAGGCAGCAGUGACCGCACUAGACUACAAAAGCUGUUCUUUUUUUUUCUUGGGUGGCACAGGAGAUUUUUGAUCUUGUCAUUUGAAUUGUACUGCAAGAUCUAUAAUCUGCCUGAGACAAUAUUUUCUCACACAAGAAUAAAUGCUGUUUGAAACAAC